GGGAACGUUAAGAUGUUGAAAGCUCCCCGGCCGAGAGGGGCUGCGCGGACGCCAGGCCACCCAGCUAGAGGGGAGCAGGAUGGACAGAGCCGUCGUGGCCGGGAACCGAGGCCGGUAGGGAAGGAUGGACUCCCGGACCUGCCAGGACAGGCAGCCCAGUGCCCACCCCAGCAGCAGCAGCAGCAGCAAUUGUAGCAGCGGCAAGAGUCAUUGCGAAAGGGAAAAGAUCCGGAGUCGGAUGAAAAUGGUGAUCGGGCAACUGGAAGGAAUCUUACAGGAGCUCAAGGAGGUGGCCAAGGAGCUCCGGGAGGUGGUGAGCCAGAUCGACCGACUGACGUCCGACUUCGAGUUCGAGCUGGAGCCGGACGACUGGACGACGGCGACGGCCAGCAGCACCUCCAGCAGCGAGAAGGGGGGAGGCGCCUUCGAGCUGGGACCCCUCGAUUUCGCCGCCUCCGACAUCCUCUCCGACAGCUGGGAAUUCUGCUCCUUCCUGGAUGCUUCCACCCCCUCCGACCCCGGCGACGGUCCCGACCCCCCUCGGCCGCAGCCGCCGCCCCCGGACACGAUCCAGCUCAUCGGAGUUAUCGCCUGA